AUGGACAGAAGGCUGCUUGAGGCUGCCUGGACUGGCAAUGUUGAAGAUUUGCUCAAAGUUACCGGAGAGGAUCCUUGUAUGCUCAGUGCUGUUGCAUUAGCUGGUGCAGAAACUCCACUUCAUGUUGCUUGUUUGGCUGGCCAUCUCAAUUUUGUUCGAGAGCUCCUGAAUUUGAGCAAAGAAUUUGCCGGAGAGCUGAACCAAGAUGGUCUUAGUCCUCUGCAUAUUGCCUCGGCUAAAGGGUAUGCAGAGAUUGUGAAGGAGCUCAUCAAGGUAGACCAGAAUCUCUGCCUACUAAAUGGAAGAGAAAGAAGAGUUCCCCUUCACUACGCGGCAAUCAAAGGCAGGGUUCAAGUCAUCAGAGAACUGCUUUCAGCUAAUGCAGAUUCUAUUGCACAAGUGACAGCUCGAGCAGAGACUGCUCUUCACCUUGCAGUGAAGAACAACCAAUUCGAAGCCUUAAGAGUGUUGAUGGAACACCUCAAUCAAUUCAACAAGGAGGAUAUCAUAAAUAAGAAGGACGACCAAGGCAACACCAUUCUUCACCUAACAGUGUCAAGAAAACAGUAUGAGGUGGUUGACUUGGUGUUUAAUGAACAUGUUGUUACUAAGGGAGUGGUGGAGGUGAAUCCCUUGAACGAAAGGGGACUCACGCCUCUUGAUUUGUUAACAUUAUUUCAAAGUGAAGCCGGUGAUAGGGAAAUCGAGGAAAUCCUUAGGCGAGCUGGAGCUAUGAUGGCCAAAGACCUUCAUUCCUUGGCACAGGUAGCUUUUAAUGAAAAUCAGGAUGUUGCAGCUAAUAAUAGCCCAUCAAAUGACCAAUCAAGAACAGUGCAGCUGCGAUCUCCCUCUAAACAAUUGCUAGAGUACUUCAAGUACGAUGAAAUUAAAGAUUCCCUAAGUAAAGUGCGCAAUUCGCUGCUUGUGAUAGCUAUACUAAUCGCGACAGCAACAUACCAAGCUGUGCUUAGUCCUCCGGGUGGUGUUUGGCAGGAUGAUUCUGGUUCUAAUAACAACAAUGGCACAAGUACUACUGCACCACACACUGCUGGGAGGGCAGUCAUGGGCACCAUCGGUUUCCUAUGGUUUCUUCCUGCUUUUCAACUCAGUUGGAUUUUAUACGUCUCUUCACAUGAUACAUUCUCUCACCUUCAGAUUCCCAUUGAGAUUGGAAUUGCUAAUAUCAACCAUUGCCCUUAUCAUAACUUAUAA